AUGGCACGUCUUCCUCUGAAGCAGUUACUAGCAGAUAGCCCCAAAAAAGUUCUUGUUCUUGAUGGUGGCCAAGGAACAGAAUUGGAAAACAGAGGUAUCAAAGUUGCCAACCCCGUGUGGUCAACUAUUCCAUUCAUUAGUGAGUCGUUUUGGUCUGAUGAGUCAUCAGCCAACAGAAAAAUCGUCAAAGAAAUGUUCAACGAUUUCUUGAAUGCUGGUGCGGAAAUAUUGAUGACUACAACAUAUCAAACGAGUUAUAAAUCAGUCUCUGAAAACACCCCGAUUAAGACUUUAUCAGAAUACAAUAACCUUUUGAAUAGGAUCGUCGAUUUUUCUCGUAAUUGCAUUGGCGAAGACAAAUACUUGAUUGGCUGUAUUGGCCCAUGGGGUGCUCAUAUUUGUCGCGAGUUCACAGGUGACUAUGGUGCUGAACCGGAAAAUAUUGACUUCUAUCAAUACUUUAAACCUCAGUUGGAAAACUUCAAUAAAAAUGAUAAACUGGAUUUGAUUGGGUUUGAAACCAUUCCUAACAUUCAUGAGCUGAAGGCUAUUCUGUCUUGGGAUGAGAGUAUCCUAUCCAAACCCUUCUACAUCGGGUUAUCCGUGCAUGAGCACGGUGUCUUGAGAGAUGGCACUACCAUGGAAGAAGUUGCACAAGUUAUUAAGGACUUGGGCGACAAAAUAAAUCCCAACUUUUCCCUCCUAGGUAUCAACUGCGUCAGCUUCAACCAGUCUCCUGACAUUCUUGAGUCCUUACAUCAAGCCCUGCCAAAAAUGGCCUUGCUUGCUUAUCCAAAUAGUGGGGAAGUUUAUGACACUGAAAAGAAAAUAUGGUUGCCAAAUAGCGAUAAGCUAAACAGUUGGGAUACGGUUGUCAAACGAUACAUUAGCAGCGGUGCCCGCAUCAUUGGUGGUUGCUGUAGAACAAGUCCAAAAGAUAUCCAAGAAAUUUCCGCAGCCGUUAAGAAAUAUACCUAA